AUGAUAUCAGUGGCAAGCGACUACGUUGAAGAGUUUUGGGCUAUUGGGCCGCCCGUCUCUGUAAGAACGUGCUCUGAAGCUAUCGACACCGCCGUCGUGCAGAGACCACAAGAUGUGGCAGGCUCUGGUCUCGCGGAGCCGGGUGUCGACAUCCUGGUGCAGCAGCGGAUGUGCAAGCUUGGCCGAGCUGGAUAUCAGUGGGAGCUAACCACUUUCGAGAGCGAGGCAAAAGAGAGGAUCCGACGUGUUGGAUUCGUUUUGUUCCGCGAGCCACCAACUACGCCUAACCACCCCAGACUGUAGGCAAUCUGAAUCCGUGUCCGCGGCUGCCAGGGCUUGCGAGAGAGGUUCUCGCA